CUCAGCCCAGUAAUAUUGACAAUAGGGUGAAAAGAGAUUGUCCCAAAUUAAACACAUUCUGAAGAAAAUAACCUGAAACCCCAGUGGUCUGCUGCAAGUUGGUGAUACCAUCAACAAUCAGGGAAUGUGAUUCAUUUCGGUGCAUCUCGUUACACAUCCGUAUUUCGUUAUUAAUGGGACACGGAGGAUUAUUUCGUUAGAAGGUAAAAGGUACUUGUGGGUUUGGCUGUUCAAAAAGGCCAAGAUAGCCUUUUCUGCUGGUGUAGCCGCUGCUGGAAGAGGCCAAUUGCACGGGAUUGGAAAUAUCUUUGUGGAAAUAACUGAUUUGAACGGAUCUCCUUUCGUCAACAUCUUCGUCACCCAAAAUACAGAGGAUCAAGGGCUAUGUCCUCGGCGGCCAGCAUACCUCCCUCGGUGGACAAAGUGGACGGCUUUUCUCGGAAGUCGGUCAGGAAGGCGCGACAGAAGCGCUCCCAGAGUUCCUCUCAGUUCCGCUCUCAGGGCAAACCCAUCGAGCUCACCCCUCUCCCUCUGCUUAAAGAUGUCCCAGCAGCAGAGCAGCCGGAGCUGUUCCUGAAGAAGUUGCAGCAGUGUUGCACCGUGUUUGACUUCAUGGACACGCUGUCGGACCUGAAGAUGAAGGAGUACAAGCGCUCCACCCUCAAUGAGCUGGUGGACUACGUCACCGUCAGCCGGGGCUACCUCACCGAGCAGGCCUACCCAGAGGUGGUCAAGAUGGUGUCCUAUAACAUAUUCCGAACGCUCCCGCCCAGCGACAGCAACGAGUUUGAUCCUGAGGAGGACGAACCCACACUGGAGGCCUCAUGGCCACACUUACAGCUGGUGUAUGAGUUCUUCAUUCGGUUCCUGGAGAGCCAGGAGUUCCAGCCCAGCAUUGCCAAAAAGUACAUAGACCAGAAAUUUGUUUUACAGCUGCUGGAGCUGUUUGACAGUGAGGACCCAAGGGAGAGGGACUACCUGAAGACAGUCUUACACAGAAUCUACGGAAAAUUCCUGGGGCUGAGGGCUUUUAUACGAAAACAGAUCAAUAAUAUUUUUCUACGUUUUGUUUAUGAAACUGAGCACUUCAAUGGGGUAGCUGAGUUGUUGGAGAUCUUGGGAAGCAUAAUCAAUGGCUUCGCUUUGCCGCUCAAAGCAGAGCACAAACAGUUCCUGGUCAAAGUGUUGAUUCCCCUUCACACAGCCAGGAGUCUCUCUCUCUUCCAUGCACAGCUGGCGUAUUGUAUUGUACAGUUCCUAGAGAAAGACCCAACACUAACAGAACCAGUUAUCAGAGGCCUGCUGAGAUUCUGGCCAAAAACCUGCAGUCAAAAAGAGGUGAUGUUUCUGGGGGAGCUGGAGGAGAUCCUAGACGUGAUCGAGCCCACGCAGUUUGUCAAAAUCCAGGAGCCUCUCUUCAAGCAGAUCUCCAGAUGUGUGUCCAGCCCCCACUUCCAGGUAGCAGAGCGAGCGCUAUACUACUGGAAUAACGAGUACAUCAUGAGUCUGAUCGAGGAGAACUCUAGCGUCAUUCUUCCCAUCAUGUUCGCCAGCCUUUACCGGAUCUCAAAAGAGCACUGGAACCCGGCGAUUGUAGCUUUAGUCUACAACGUAUUGAAAGCCUUCAUGGAGAUGAACAGCGCUUUGUUUGAUGAACUCACAGCCACCUACAAGUCAGACCGCCAGAAGGAGAAGAAGAAAGAGAAGGAGCGUGAGGAGUUGUGGAAGAAGCUGGAGGAUUUGGAGUUGAAGCGAGGCCUGCGUAGCGACGGGAUCAUUCCCACUUAACGACGCGCCACCGGACCCCCCCCUGCCCACCCCCCCCACCUCUCCCCCUCCUCCCCUCGCCACUCUCGGCUCCGCCCACUGCUGCGGAAGGUUCCGGGAGUGUUGCGUCGUCUCCUCCGUUCCGUUCUGUAUGGUGCGACUUACUUUACCGUAGAUUCCCAACGUCUGUUUCUUUAUUUCAACAGCACUGUAAAUAACUUUAUUUUUCUCUUUUAUUUUUUUUUUCCCUUUAAAAAAAAUGAUAUUACGCUGAAAAGAAAAAGAAAAUAAGUAAAAACGGAAGAGAAACGUAGAAAAAAAAGCUGUAAAGGAGAGAGGGACUUGAGACACACGAUAGGACUCCAAUUGAACUGCUCUGGGGGAAAUCACGAAUCCACAAACGACAACAAACAACAACAAACACCAAAACAGGAAGCCAGACGGGAGCCCCGCCCCCAUCCCCUAGGACUCCACCCCCUCUCCUCCCUCCUCACUGAUGCCCUGCGCCCCAGGGUCCUGCCUGUGUGUGUGUGUGUGUGUGUGUGGCCCUGUAAGGUCCUGCCUGUGUGUGUGUGUGUGUGUGUGUGUGUCUGUCUGUCCAUGGGGCUCUGUAGUGUGUGUGUGUGUGUGUGUGUGUGUGGCCCUGUAGGGUCCUCUGUGUGUGUGUGUGUGUGUGUGUGUGUGUGUGUGUGUGUGUGUGUGUGUGGCGCCCUGUAGGGUCCUGUGUGUGUGUGUGUGUGUCUGUUUGUCUGUCUGCCCAUGGGGCCUUGUAGGGUUUCUGUGUGUGUGUGUGUGUGUGUGUGUGUGUGUGAGGGGUCCUACAGGGCUUUCUCUGUGUUUAUGUAUGUAUGUUUGAAGGCCCUGUUUGUGCGUGCAUGGGUGGGCUGCCUUUGUGAAUGUGUGUGUGUGUGUGGUGUGGUGCCCUGGCGUGAGUGUGGACCCUGAGGGCCGGGUUGCCUGGUGAGAGGCGCUCCGCCCCGGACGAGGAGGUCUCCUCCCACUGAAGAAGCCUGCUGUGCUCCAGGGCGCCACCCUGUGGCCACGCACAGCACUGAUGAAUUGACAGGACAUGAAAUCACACCUCUUAUGGCCCUCCUAGUAUUCGAAAAGGCUUAAAAAAACCUGGAGUACAUGAACAACCAGGUGUACACACACACACACACACACUGUGAGCAUUUUAGUUUUCCCAGGUUGUGUAUGUGGCCUGUGUGUGUUCAUUUUAUGUUUAAUGGUUUCUGUUGACCUGGACUUCAUGGUCACUGUGAGGACUCUGAUUGGUUGAGUGCUUUUGACUUCAGUUGCGGAGCGAAUCACAGAGCAGCCCUUCAGCCUGACCCCGCCCUGCAGUGUCCCCACGGCAACAACACCCGCAACCACACCGCAUGCAACCAGGCAUGCUGGUGGGGAAAACAGCAACACACAAACACACACACACACCGACCUACACCCAGACAUAGUCAACAGACUGUGUGUGUGUGUGUGUGUGUGUGUUCCUUACAGUGUUAAAUACCAGACUAUUGUAAUGCAGUCCAUUGCUAUUUUCCAUCCUGUAGAGCCUUUAGCAUUUAGCCUACAUAGACGCUGGGAGACACACACACACACACACACACACUCUGACUGGGAUUAUGAAACAAGGCCUCCUGCGGUCCAAGGCGACUGCUCUCCCUGUUCUCAGUUCUUUUCCUUUGGUUGUUUUUGUUUUUUAUUUUUAAUUUUUGAUGAAGUUCCUUUAGCCUAUUAGUUUUCUUUAGUUCCAGCGUUAGGGGGAGGGGGGUGUAGGGGGAAGAGGGGGAUUGUGGGAUGGAUUGUGGAGGACUGGGCACCCUGGUCAGAUCACACUUCCUGUUCUGAUCUCACUUCCUGUUCUCUGCAUUGAGACUCUGCUACAGAAAGGCCCAAAUCAGAUCUGAGAAUAGAUGAGAAAAAAGGGUUGGAAAAAUACAAAUGUUUAAUUAUUUUAAAAAAAUAAAGAGAUAUUAAAUUAAACCUGUUUUGUGAUAAA